CACAUACAUGCACAGACAGGUCAAGUCCUUGCAACAACACUUCACAGCGGAGACAUAAAAGUGUGGACUUCAAAACCAGGCUGACAAGACUUGACAGCAUAGAUCUGAAGCACAGGAGCGGGACUUCAGAGCCACUGCUGGCUAUGUGGAAUGGAGCUCACAGCAGGAGCGGAGACAAUGGCAACCAACAGCAGCUCUGCGCUGCCCUCCUCCCCCCCCGCGGUUGGUAUCACCCUGCUGGUUUUGGCGCUGCUGCUCGGUCUCCCUGGGAACCUCUUUGUGGUUUGGACCAUCCUGUUCAAGCUGCGCAAACGCUCGGUCACGUCCCUCCUGAUCCUGCAGCUGGCAGCGGCCGACGCCCUGGUGCUGCUGACCGCGCCCUUCUUCCUGCAUACGCUGGUGAUGGGCGGGGCCUGGGAGUUUGGGCAGAGGAUGUGCCAGCUGCUGCACUACUGGUGCGGGGUCAACAUGUACGCCAGCGUGUACGUGGUGAGCCUGAUGAGUGCGGACCGGCUGCUCGGUGUGUCCCGACCCCUGCUGACGCAGCGCGUGCGCACCAAGUCGCGCCUGUGGCCCGCGCUGGCGGCCGUCUGGGCGCUGGCGUUGCUGCUGUCCAUUCCUGUGCCCCUGUACCACCGCAUGCGCAACGACAGCUGCGUGGCGUACCACCCCAGCGACGGCCACCGCGUGUUCCAGUACGGCCUGGAGACGGUGGCGGCGUUCCUGCUGCCCUUCAGUGUGCUCGCCUGGUCGUACUGCUGCAUCGCGCGCCGCCUGGCGGCGGGACGGGCACGCUGGCGCCGACGCGCCCGCGGCCGCACCAACCGCCUCAUCGCGCUGAUCGUCACCACCUUCCUGCUGCUGUGGGCGCCCUACCACCUGCUGAACGUGCUGCAGGUGGGGGCCAUCCUGGGGGGGUCCCGGCCGCUGCAGGAGCAGUGCCAGCGGGUGCGGCCAGUCCUCAUCGCCCUCGCCUUCCUCAGCAGCUCCAUCAACCCCUUACUGUAUGCCUGCGCCGGCUCCACCUUCACCCGAUCCGCCCGCCUGCACUGCCUCACCCGCCUGCUGGAAGCUCCCUCCUCCGGCAGCAGCAGGAGGGAGGAGAGCCGGCGCCCGGGUGAGGAGGCGCAGUCCAUGAAGAUGGGCCAGCGAGAGAGGGAGGAGGCGGGAGGAGCAGGCCGAGUGGAGGAAGAGGAGAAUCACAGCUAG